ACGAGAGAUAAGAUUGCCAUUUUCCAAAAUUUAAAAAUGGGAAGAAGUCCUUGUUGCUCUAAGGAGGGACUGAAGAAAGGAGCAUGGACUGCUCUGGAAGAUCAAAUUCUCACAGGUUACAUCAAAACCCAUGGUGAAGGAAAAUGGAGAAGGAUUCCAAAGGAAGCUGGUCUCAGGAGAUGUGGAAAGAGCUGCCGACUGAGGUGGCUCAAUUAUCUUAGACCUGAUAUCAAAAGGGGUAACAUUACUCAGGAGGAAGAGGAUCUCAUCAUUAGGCUCCACAAGCUACUGGGCAACAGAUGGUCACUAAUAGCAGGAAGAAUUCCAGGACGAACAGACAAUGAAAUAAAGAACUAUUGGAACACAUACUUGCGAAAAAAAGUGAAUGGUGCUGAAACACCAAGGCUAUUAGGAAAUAAGGUGGAUGAGAACAAUAAGAAGAAGAAGAAGAAGAGGAGAGACAACUCAGAGAAGACCAACCCAUCUGUUAAUAAAACAAAACCACGGGCCAUGGUGAAGUCCGACAGCUUUGCAGUUAUCCGUACGAAGGCAUCAAGGUGCAACAAGGUUCUGGUCAUGCCGGACCAACUGCCUGAUCAUCAGAUUAAUCAUGGGUUGUUAGAAGACACUACUACUACCAUUUCAGAAGAUAGCAUGUUGGAUUUUGAUGUGGGGGAACUUUUAGUGUCUGAAAAUAAUGAUAUUCCAGAUGAUUCAGACUUCUGGAAAAUAUGUCAGCAGUUGGAAGACAACACUAACAAUGGUGGCUCGAAGAACAGAUGCCCGUCAUCGACAUCGCUUGCACCUCUUUUGUUCUCAGAGGAAAUGCUCAAGGAUUGGAUGAGAGAUGACUUUUUCAACCGUCAGUGUUGACUAUAGAUGAUCUCUUUAAUUA